CGAGACGUCCGCUCUCGCUGCUCGCCGCGUCGCAUCGCGCACUGCAUUGCCCGUCCAGCUCCGUUUGCACGCGGCGGGCUACGCGUCGCGCAUGUGGACAUGAAGCGAGCUCGCUCCUCCUCCUCGUCGGUCUCGAACCUCUCGGGCGCCGUCGAGCCCGGCGACAUUCUGCGCUCGUCGCGGCUGGCGGCCGAGGCCAGAAUGGGCCAGGCUGGCACGUCUCAGCCGCGCCCAUCUUCGCCGCCGGCGCCGAUGUCUGAGCCGGGUGCGAGCGCGUCGAAGUCCGACGGCCUGAAGAGGUCGACAGCGGACAGAACGCUCUCGUGCGCCGAGUGCCGCAGACUCAAGUUCAAGUGCGACCGCGAGUGGCCGUGCUCGAUGUGUCGCAAGCGCGGCGUGGAGAGUCUGUGUCCUGAUGGCGUCCAGGAGAGCCGCAAGGCACCCCGCUCGAAAGUGGACGAUGCCGUGCUCGAAGGCCUGGCGGAUCUCCAACGCAAGGUCGACUUCCUCGUGCAGACUGCUCGCGCGGCCGGCCCGUCGACGAGCGGCGCCACAUCCCUGCCUUUCUCGGCCAAGUCCUCCGCCUCCGAGAAGGCGGGCAGCGCUCGCCCCGAAUCCUCGGCGUCAGCGCUGUCCGGACUUGGCAGCCACGCCUCUGCGCUGCACUCUCUGGCAGACGCCGCCAUGGCUGGACCUAGCACGGCCGCGUUUGCGUCGCCGCAGCUUGCGCUUGCUUCUCCCCGAGACCCGGCAGCCCUCAGCCUCGAUCGGCGCGGGCACGGAACUCUGGCUGUCGCGCAGGAUGGUCGUACGCACUACGUCGGGCCGAACGCGCAGAGCAUCUACCUGGCUCGCGACCGCAACGAAGGGAGCAGUGGGCGCGAGACGCGCCCCGGCAGCCCGGUGGAUGGCCUGGCUUCGGCCGGCGCAUCCGCCGCAAUGCCGGCAGAUCCUUCGCGAUGGCAGUACGACACGCCGCCGGACCAGAUCGAGCAUACGGCGAUGACGUGGGUGACGCCCGGCAUCCGCUCGCCGCACUCGACUGCAGCGAUCCUGGCGCACCUGCAGCCGCGCCUGCCGCCGAGAGAGCAGGCGCUGCGCCUCGCAUCCAUCUACUUCGCGACCUGGACGUAUAUGUGGGACCCGCUGCCGCGCAGCGACUUUGACGAGAUCUUCUCCGCAUUCUACGAUGCGCGCAGCGACCAGGUGUCCGCCGUCGAGCCGCACCGGCUGGCCGUGCUCUUCAUGGUCCUGUCUCUGGGCGCGCACUUCGACGAGCGCACCGAGGUGUCUUCGAUCCUGAGUCGCAGCCUGUACAGCAAUGCGUGGGGCGCGCUGAGCCUCUCAAACUUCACCGAGGUCCCGUCGCUCGAGGCGCUCACUGCACUGCACCUGAUGGGCCUCUACCUCACCAGCCGCAAGGGCGGCCGGUACGCCGAGUCCUUCUACGGCCUGAUGGGCCUAGCCAUGCGACUCGCCAUUGCCAUGGGCCUGCACCGCGAUCCCGGCACCUGGAAUCUGCCGCAGGAGAUGCGCGAACGGCGGCGGCGCAUCUUCUGGGAGCUGCACGCCUUUGACGUGUUUCGCAACCUGGCCUUCUGCCGCCCGCCGGCGCUCUUGGUGCGUUACUUGCCCUGCAGCGCACGCGGCGCGAGCUCACGCGCUAUCCUCACGCAGGAAGGGCACUUGGACGUGCAAUUGCCACAGGCUUGGCACUGCGAGCCGGGCGCGCCGCUGGGCGCAGCUUUCCAGUGAGCAGAGCAGCGAAGGUAGCCGUGGGCAGCACUGACGCAGUGCACAGCGCAAUGAAGUGCAGCCUGGUGCGGCUUCACUCGCGCAUUCUCAACGAGUGCCUGUGCAGCAACACCUCGACGUACGCCUCGACGCUCGCAUUCGACGCCGAGCUGCGGCAGCUGCAGCACCAGACACUGCCGUGCAUGGAGCCCCUGAUCAGCCAUGCUCAGGCGCAGGCACCGCCCUCUAGAGCCCUGCAGUCUGGCCUCAUCGACGACGCGACGAGUGCGGCAAUGCGCGAGGAG